UAGCGGCAGGUAGAGGUCACGCACAAAGCAAAAGAGAAGGACAGCGCAAGAGCAUUUGAGUGAAGUUCAGGAUUGUUUCCCUGCACCUUUUACCUGUCCAAGUGCUUGCAUAAUCAACUCAACAGUUUUUUUCCCAGUUUGUUCUGCCUUUAUUCUGCAAUUGCUACAAUUCCCAAAAUGUUGGCUGUCAGAAGAGCAUUGCGUCUCUGUCAAAGAGUGGCCCAUGUCAGUGUUUCUCGUCGCGGAUGCGCUGGAGCUGUUGCCCUGGACGACAUCGUGAACGGUCUGACCGAGGAGCAGAUCCAGCUCAGACAGACAGUCCAGAGAUUCUGCCAGGAGAAACUCGCUCCCUACGCUGAUGAGAUUGACAAGACAAACGAGUUUCCCCGCAUGAGGGACUUUUGGAAGGAGAUGGGUGAGCUUGGACUGCUUGGAGUGACUGCUCCAGUGGAGUAUGGGGGAACAGGAUUGGGCUACCUUGAUCACGUGAUUGUUAUGGAGGAGAUCUCCCGUGUGUCAGCAGCUAUUGCUCUCAGCUACGGCGCGCACUCCAACUUGUGUGUAAAUCAGAUGGUUCGACAUGCAAACCAGAAACAGAAAGAGAAGUACAUGCCAAAGUUGAUGACAGGGGAGUAUGUGGGUGCCUUGGCCAUGAGUGAGCCCAACUCUGGCUCGGAUGUGGUGUCCAUGAAACUGACAGCGAAAAAACAAGGGGAUCAUUACAUGUUGAACGGUAAUAAGUUCUGGAUUACGAAUGGACCGGACGCAGAUGUUCUGAUUGUGUAUGCUAAAACAGACCCAGAGGCAGCAGCCCGUGGCAUCACUGCUUUCAUUGUAGAGAAGGGCAUGCCAGGAUUUAGCACAGCGCAGAAGCUGGAUAAACUGGGAAUGAGAGGAUCUAACACCUGUGAACUCAUCUUUGAAGACUGCAAGGUCCCUGAGGAAAACAUAUUGGGCCCGUUAAAUAAAGGAGUUUAUGUUUUGAUGAGUGGCCUGGACCUAGAGAGGCUCGUCUUGUCGGCUGGACCUGUCGGCAUCAUGCAAGCUGUUCUUGACAAUGCGAUUCCUUACCUACAUGUUCGUGAAGCCUUUGGACAGAAAAUCGGUCACUUCCAGCUAAUGCAAGGAAAAAUGGCUGAUAUGUACACACGGCUUAACUCGUGUCGACAGUAUUUAUACAACGUUGCCCGUGCUUGUGACAAAGGCCAUUUCAGUGCUAAGGACUGUGCUGGGGUAAUCCUUUAUUGUGCUGAGAACGCGACUCAAGUUGCCUUGGAUGGAAUUCAAUGCCUGGGUGGAAACGGUUACAUUAAUGACUACCCAAUGGGGCGCUUCUUAAGAGAUGCUAAACUUUAUGAGAUUGGAGCUGGAACCAGUGAGGUCAGAAGAAUGGUCAUUGGCAGAGCCUUUAAUGCCUUGUUCAAAUAAGAGCAGCACUUUAACGAAUGAGUGUCUGAUCCUACACAGACUGGGUCGCUGUGGCUAGAUAUUUCAUUUUCAUCUGGCAUCCUAAUUAUAACACCUUUAUUAAUGUGAAGUGUAAUUGCUAAUCAUUUUCAAGAGUACAUCAUGGUGUUUUCUUUGCAUGUCAAAUGCUGUUAUAUCUAUGUUGUUCUGUAAUACAUGUUGAAGUGGUCUCACAAAUAAGAAUGAAUGCAAUAGUAAGAAAUGCAGAAACCUCACCUUAAAGUCAUUUAUGAGGACACACAGUUGAUUUAUUUUACAUAGCUGAACAGUAAAGUGCAAAUUCCCUGAAGAAAAAAAAUGCUUAUGAUGAUGGAAACACUUGCAGUUGUCUGUUUUUUCUUUUUUUCUAAGAAUAUGGUCACUCCGUGUAAGCUAUUCUACAUGUCAUCUCUCCCACACUAACAUCUUCAUAUAUGAACAAAGACACACAAUUCAAUAAUUGUCCUCUAUAAACUCUUUAUAGAGGAUAUUUAUUGAAUUGUGUGUCUUUCAGAUAUUCUUUUUCUCUUUAAUUUCUUUGUAUUUUAAGAUUUGUUUAAUUUUAAGGUUCUAAAGAAGUAGCACAUUUUUAAAUAAGCUGUCGUACUGACCAUCAUACCUUUGGGUUUUCAGAUUCCUGCCUUACUGAAUAAUCGCUUCAUGUAUUUAAAGUAAAUGAUUGUUUAGAAUAAACAUUGUCUUCCUUUCAUCU